GCUUUAUUUUGGGCAUUUGGCCAUCAAUUUCUGGGUGGCAACAUUAUCGGCCCGUCCUAAGCCUUGAUGGAACUUUCCUACUAGGGAAGUAUUGUGACACACUUCUUGUAGCUGUGGGAAUUGAUGCAAACGGUGGAUUAUUUUCGUUGGCCUUUGCAGUUGUUGAAUCCGAGAGCAACGAAUCAUGGGUUUGGUUCCUUAAGAACUUACAUGACUUGGUCGAAGUAGUUCAACUCCGUCAAAAUUUAUGUAUAAUAUCUGAUAAGUAUCAUGGUUUGGUGAGAGGGUGCCGAGAAAUUUUUUCUAACGCCGUUCAUAGACACUGCCUACGUCAUCUGCGUGAGAAUUACAAAAAUUUUUUACGUCGUAAAGCAAUUCCUAAUGUUGAAGGCCUGUGCAUUAACAUGUACUUAGCAUGUAGUACUGAUGAUAUCAUGAACUUCACUCGCAUGAUGAACCACAUUAAAAAUGUGAAGCAAGAGGCAUAUGACUGGUUAAUAGAACGUGAUGUUAGUAAGUGGUCAUUACUAAUUGACAACGGAUGUCGAUACAGCAUCAUGACAACCAAUGCAUCAGAAUGUUUUAAUGGAGUUCUUAAACGUGCUCGUGGACUUCCAAUUCAAGGUCUGGUAAUGUACACAUAUUAUAACCUUGUAUCUUUAUUCGUUAGGCAUUCUACAGACGUUGAGAAGUGGCUUAUGUCUGGGGAAUCUGAAUUUGUUCCACAUACGAUGGCUAUGUUACAGCGAACUGAACGUGAGGCUAGAAGAUGCCCACAACCCAUAACUAUUAAUAGAGGUGAAUUUGAAGUUGUGGAUUCGUCAUGUCGCCCACAUAGAGUUGAGAUUCCAUCACUUAAAAAUUGUACCUGCACAUGUAAGAGACCACAACUCUAUCAUGUGUCGUGCGUUCAUGUCAUAGCGGUCGCCGGAUAUAGGCGAUGGAAUCAUAAUCCAUUUGUAUCACAGUACUUCACACUCAACUCCUAUAGGGAAACGUACUCCAGCCUUUUUCAUGUUGUUCCCCCGAAGGAAGUUUGGCCGAACUUCAGCAAAGUUCAGGAAAUCAUACAUUUACUUGCACCGGCUUUUAGAGGCGUGCAGUUAAUGGCUGAUAGAUCAAGGAAACGACGUGGUGGGCGUCAUACCACACAUGAGGAGCGUGGGGAGGAGUCAAUUCGAGAAAUGAGCAUUACUUCAAUAGGCACAUCACAUAGGGCUCAUGACCCUAAUCAGGCGUCUCCGCUGGUUAUACUUGGCUUGAGAAUUGAUGGCCCAGCUGUUCUGGGCUCGAAUGUGGUGGGUGUUGGUCGCCGUUGGGAAUCCUGGCCAGAAUGCUGUGAUGAACUGCUAGGAACACAUCCAGGCAGGGAUACUAUGUACCAUGCACCAGGUGAUGAAGAAGACACAACCACCUUCAAGAUGGGUAGUGCACA